AUGACUAGGGUCAUUGUGUUGCUUUGUCUAGCGUUUUACAGCUCGGCUGAAAGCAUCGCCAACUCCGAGCCGCUUGUAAAUGUUAGUUAUCAUACCAGCAAAGCCCAGACAUAUUCCAUGCCAAAUGACUCGUCGCUAAAGCAAGACAACAGUGCUGAAGCCAGAGCCCCUGAUCUUGCCUCCUUGGUUUCGGACCUUGAGGAAUUAAAGAUGAGGCUGGCAUCACUCGAAGCGAGCGCAAGUCAUCAAGGAGUCGCUUUUGAUCUUGAUGCUGCAGAUAGUAUUGCUGCAGAUAUUAUUGCUGCAGCGAAUCUUAUGAGGAUGCAAGGUCAAGUUAGCAUCUCCGAGGUCGUUUUGCGAUUUAAAUUGAGUGUGAAGUAUAGUAAGUGGGAAAGCGCGGUGGUCUACAUCUGCAAAGACGAAAAGGAUCUGGCUAGAUCCAGCAUUGUCGAAGUCUUGACGACUGAGUAUGGAGACCAGACUCUGUGUGAUGCACUGAAACUCAAGCAAGCUAUGAAUGAGCACGAUGAAGUCGCACGUUCAUUAAGCGACGCACAGGUACAUAUGUGGGCGACAACCGGUAAGGAUCCGGAAAAUGUUUUUAUGUGGCUCAAAGGUAGUGGAAACGGCGACUUUUUCAAACCUAUAUUACGUAGAGGGUGGGAGACUUUCGUUAAGUAUCGUAAUCGAGGCGAAAACCCGUACGAACUGGUGAUCGAGGUACUGAAGAAGCUCCAUCAUCGUGAUGGAGAGGACGAAGUCGAUCAGAUGCUAGCUGACAUCUUAACGAAUGCCGUGAAAGACAAGGUCGACGUUGAAAUUUAUGGGCCGUUUCAAAAUGCGCUGUUGAAGACCUGGAGAAAAGCUGAUAUGACGCAUGAUCGCGUAAAAAACUUGCUGUGGCUUGAAGACCCGAUCAGUGAGCGUGUGAGGGAAAAGAUAGUCGAGAUCUUGCGUGCUUACGAAAGUAUACGCCGAAAGAGGCAUAAUUGA